AUGUUAAAAUUGACUAAAAGAUUUCAAAAACUGAUCUUUCUCGUGACUUUUGUUUUAAUUAUAGGGACGAUUUCUUAUAAUUAUAAUGUUCACAAAAGUAUUGAUAUUGAAUUAGCUGUUGAUAAGUUGAAGAAUUCAUCUAGAUACCAAGAUAUAAGGCAUUUUUAUCAAGAAAUUUUGAAUAAUUAUAAAUCUGGGACCUCAUCACAACCCUAUAACUCACAAAUUGUCACUAAUGAAGAUGGUACAAUCAAUAUAGAUCAAAGUUUAAAAUCAUUACCCAAAUCAAAAAUUAAUCCAAAGGAGAUUCUAAGGCAGAAUGUUGAAUUAUUUGAUCAAGUUAUGCAACAACCAAUAACUGAGCCAACUGGAUUACCAAUCUCGAGAAUCAAUGAUCCAGACUAUGUGAAAGUGAAUGCAGCUUUUGUUUCAUUAGUUAGAAAUUCAGAAUUAAGAGGUAUACAAAGUACAAUUAAACAAAUUGAAUCAACCUUUAAUAAGAAGUAUAACUAUCCAUAUGUUUUUUUGAAUGAUAAACCAUUUAGUGAUCGUUUCAAGAAAGGUAUAGCUCAAGUUACUAAAUCUGAAGUAUUUUAUGAAUUGGUCCCACCUGAGGUUUGGGAUAAACCAGAUUUCAUAGAUCCUGAAAAGGAAGAAGAAGGCAUCAAAUAUUUGGAGGAGAAAGGUGUUGGUUAUUCUAAAAAGAUUUCAUAUCAUAACAUGUGUCGUUAUUAUUCAAUGGGAUUUUAUAAUCAUCCAAGAAUGAAGCAAUUCAAAUAUUAUUGGAGAUUGGAACCAAAAACUAAUUAUUUUUGUGAUAUUGACUAUGAUGUUUUCAAGUUUAUGCAAGAUAACAAAAAAGUUUAUGGAUAUGUCUUAAAUUUAUAUGAUUCACCAGAUUCAGUUAGGUCUUUAUGGCCUGUGACAAAAGAAUUCUUGAAAAAAAACCCACAAUACUUAAACAAAAAUGCAGCAUUAGGUUGGUUAAAGGAAAAUCAAUUGAAUCCAGAACAAACUAAAAUUGCAAAUGGUUAUUCAACUUGUCAUUUCUGGUCAAAUUUUGAAAUUGGUGAUAUGGAUUUCUAUAGAAGUGAAGCAUAUACAAAAUGGAUGGAACAUCUUGAAGCAAACGGUGGAUUUUACUAUGAAAGAUGGGGUGAUGCACCGGUUCAUUCAAUGGGACUUGCAUUAUUUGCAGAUAAAGAACAAAUCCAUUGGUUUAGAGAUAUUGGAUAUGAACAUAUGCCUUACGCUAAUUGCCCAAUGAGUGAAAAAUGUGUUGGAUGCAAAAAAGGCCAAUUUAGUAGAUUUAAGAAUUUGAAUAAUCAAAAUUGUCAACCUGCAUGGUUACUAGAGAUGAGUGAUGAAUGGUUAAAUGUUUAUUAG